GCUCGACCAGCCGAAUGAAAGCACCCUCUACCGGCGUGAAGAAUGAAUCAUGGGACAGCGUUACUGUGGAAACGACGCUGCAGAUUGCUGAUGUAACGUUGGAGCACAGCUACCACGAUGAUGGUGCAGCAGGGGUCCACACAGCUCCUCUGCCUCACAGCCAGCAGCGGGGUGCCUCUCUUCACCAGAGGAGCCUCCAAGCAGCUGCCCUUCUCUGUCAUCGGCUCCCUGAAUGGUGUCCACAUGUUCGGUGGUGGCCAGGGAGUCGUGUUGUCCUGCUGCGAGACCCAAGGUGGGGGUAAGGUGGUGUGGAGAGUCUUCCAGGACAGUGUGAUGCUCAUCGCUGUGAGUGGAGGUGGAGGUGGAGGAGGAGGUGCAUUCAGCAGGAAAGAGAUGGAGAAGGAGGAGGAGGAGGAGGUCAGUUUACAACGCCUCCUGGAGAAUGUGUGGAGCUGCAUGGUGCUGGUGUUGGGCCAGGAUGAGCUGACAAAUAUCAGGAACGUGGAGAGGCUGAAGAGGGACUUGCGGUCUUGCUUCACCCUCAUUGAUCAGCUGUUGGAGGAGAGGCAAGAAGGCAUCCUGGGUAAUCUGACACACUGCGCUGAUUCGCUGCUGCCUCCGAACCCCACUCUCCUUCAAGUCGCCGUGGAUGGCUUUGCUCAGGCUGCAGACAGUGAAUUUGGAUGCCUCGUCGUCCACGGGCGGGUGGCAGCAGCGACGGAGAAGUGGUGGCGCCUUGCACCGCAGGAAGUGGUGCUGCUCUCUGCUCUGAUGCGGUCCCUCUCGGCCUCCGGCUCAGCCUCUUGUGAUUACCCAAUUUUCCUUCCUAAGGGCAGCCCCACCGUGGCCCACCGCCUGCUCCGCUUCCAGCUGCUCCCCGGGGCAGAUGUGUGCGUGCUGUGCGGCCCAACACCUUCCCUGCACCGAGCCGAGAGCGGGCUGGUGGGUCGUUUCUGGACACCUCUGGUGGAGACCCUGAGAGACUGCCUGGCUAUUGGAGAGCGCUGCUUACCAGGAUCUGUGUCCCUGCGUCCUGAUGUGCUGGCUCUUCUUCUCAUCAACCGCGAAACACGGCGCUCAGUCUCCCUUGUGCGGACUUCCACGAAUCAACCGCUCAGUGACCCUCCUUUACCCUCCAAGGCCCGCUGCUGGGAGCUGCUGAAGCUCUUCUACAUCUUCAGCACGACACGCUACUUCACCCAGGAGGAGACUCUGUCGGUCUCCCCAGAAGAGAGGGCUCAGAGAGGCUACAAUGAAGACUUUGUCCUUGGAUUCACCCAUCAGCCGAUACAGUGCUAUCUGGUUACAGAGGAGUGCAAAUGCUUUGGACUUCAGACACCGCAGCACCAGCUCUUCCUGCUCAUGCCACUGUCGGUGUCCACCUUUGCACUGCGUACUGUUGCCACACAGACCCUCUCUGAUAUAGUUGCAGCCACUGGGUUUUAAUUGAACCAUUUGCUUUGUUACAACAUCCUUAUUUUCAUUUAACCCAUCUUUGACUGAAUAAUAGAUGAACUUAGAGGUGAAUUGCUAUUAAUUCAAAUGUUAAUUACCGGCUGCUAUUUAGAUUUUUCAAUUUUCUUUAAACAAUUACAUGUUUUCUAACAGAUCUAGAGGCAUAAAAAUCAGCUUCAAUCUGUCCAGCUUUUGUACAGAACAUGAUUAACAGACCACUGGUAAGAGAGGCACAAUAGAAAAGGAUAUCACUGUUAAUGUUCUCACCAGGAUCUUCACUAACUAGUGCUCAGGAAUGAUGAAAAUAUUUGAAAAUGGCUUGACAAAGUGAGCUGCUUGGUUUUUCAUUCAGGAGAUACAAUUGUCUAACUCCACUGGCUUCAAGGCUGCUCCUGUCACAGUAAUGGAAGCUGGCUAGACUCAGUGAAUACUAACAUCACCACUACGAUUGCACUGUAUUUCUAAAUGUAUGACAGAAUCAUGUGAACAUGUUACACUGGGAUAAAUAAGUGCCUGCUGUUUGUUGUGUAGACUCUUUGCAUAAUUUGGCUUCAAAUAUAAAGAAAUGAGUUAUUUGUCUGAACUAUUUUUAAUCCUAAAUAUUGAUGGUUACUUUCUGUGGGUCUUGUGGUCUUGAGUGAUCGAAACUCACUUUUCCCUCCUCUAAUGUGAUAAUAAUUAAUGUUUGGCCUUUAUUGGUUGAAAGCUUCAUGGCAAAAUCUGAUGACAGUGCUGGUGCAAAUAAGGCAUUUAAACCACUUGCCAAAAAAUGUAAAAGACAAUCAAACAGGCAGUUCAGUAGUUCUAAUAUUAGUUUUUGACUAACUGCUUACCAAUGACA